AUGGGAAGAGCUCCUUGUUGUGACAAAGCAAACGUGAAGAAAGGACCAUGGGCUCCUGAAGAAGAUGCUAAACUCAAAGAUUACAUCGAAAAAUAUGGUACCGGUGGAAACUGGAUCGCUCUUCCACAAAAGAUCGGUAUAAAAAGAUGUGGAAAAAGUUGUAGACUUAGGUGGUUGAAUUACUUAAGACCUAAUAUCAAACAUGGAGGAUUCUCUGAAGAAGAAGACAACAUCAUCUGCAACCUCUAUAUUAGUAUUGGCAGCAGGUGGUCUAUAAUUGCUGCCCAACUGCCUGGAAGAACGGAUAAUGAUAUCAAGAACUAUUGGAACACAAGAUUGAAGAAGAAAUUGCUCGGUCGUCGUAAACAGUCUAAUGCUAGUAGGCUCAAUGGUUCAACUACCCAAGAUUCCAAAGAUGGGAAUGGAAUGGAAACUCUAAGUAAUUCUGCUAUUGAAAGGCUUCAACUUCACAUGCAACUCCAAAGCCUUGAAAACCCUAAUUUGGCUCAUUGUGCUAAUAACCCGACUAUGUGGCCUUGCAAAUUGAAUCCAACUCAAGAAAAGAUGAUGCAAAGUCUUCAACUUCUAAAUGAAUCAUCAAACCCUUUAAUGAUACAACAUGUUUUACAUGAUUCUCUUCAAAAGAUUCAACUUUUUGGACCAUCUAAUAGCCUCCUUCCACCGGUUUUUUCUCAACCUCAUAAUAUGUUGGUCAAUCAAAUAGACAACUCCAUGAAUGGAAUCAACAUUAGUCCAUCGAAGCAAGUACAAGAAUCCGAUAGCAAUAAACAACCAAGCUUGGAAUUCCAGCAGUACAUGGAAUUCCAAGCGGAAAUCAACGAAUACUUAAGCAACAAAGGAGCUAAUAAUUCCGUGUCACUAGAUCAAGCAAAUGCGAACGAGUUUGAUUGUUUCAAGGACAUGGAUGUUUCAAAGGACAUGAUGACGUGGUGGUCUAACGAGUUUGAUGCAAAUUCAGCUUCAUCAAACUCUUGGGAUUCAAACGGCAUCCUUGAUAAGCCGCAAUGA